AUGUCCAGGGUCAUCGAAAUCACGAGGCCUGCAGUGCUGAGCGAGCUGCUCUCCUCUUCGCGCAUUGUAGUCAUCAAUUUCUACAAUGAAGAAAACACGUCGAGCAAAGCGAUUGCGCCCGUAUACGACCAACUAGCCGGUCAACUCACUCGGCCCGGACAGAUCGCCUUCGCCAAAGUCAGCACAGUACAGCAGGCGCAGAUUGCACAGAGCUACAACGUCACCAAUACCCCGACGUUCAUCAUCUACAAGAACAACCAGCAGAUAAAGAAGUACGCCGGCUCGAAUCCACAGCAGCUUUCCGAGGCGAUCAAGACCCUCGCCACGGAGGCAGAGAACGAUGGAAAGGGAAACAGUGGCGCUUCUGGUGCAGGAGGCAGCAGCAGUGGAAGCGGCCCGUGGAUAGGCGCCAGUCUACCACGCGGAUACACCGAUGUGACCGAUUCCGUGGACCCACGGGGUCUCGAUCUCCUCAACGCGGACAGCGAUUUCGGCACCGUCAAGACGCUUUUCGAGACAUCACAACCGAGCUCGCUCAACAAGGGCAAGGGUGCGGCAACCGGCUCAGAAGGCAAGAAGGACUGGGUAGAAAGCGAUGUCGACAACCAGCUCAUGCUGUACGUACCCUUCAUGGCCAACCUGAAGGUUCACACUAUCCACAUCACGUCUUGCGUAUCCGGCGACGAAGACGACGACGAAGCGCCAGUGCGGCCAAAGACCAUUCACGUCUGGACCAACAGGGCAAAUAACCUGGGAUUCGAAGAGGCCGAAGACAUCCCAGCAACUCAGACGAUCGAGCUGAAGCCGUCAGAUUGGGAUGAGCAGACACAAACGGCCAAGCUUGAACUGCGCUUCGUCAAGUUCCAGAACGUCUACUCGUUAGUACUGUUUGUCGCGGACGCCGAUGGCGAUAGCGAGAAGACGCGUAUCGACCGUAUCAAAUUCGUGGGCGAGACUGGCGAGAAGCGCGAGAUUGGCAAACUGGAGAAGAUUGGUCACGACGACUAA